AUCCCAUCUUACAAAGUAAUUACCUAAUUAUCUAGAUUCAUGCUCAUCUUCGUCUAUCCAUUCUGAAGCCUAAUUGAUGUAAGGUACGGUACUGUACCUUUGGAACUACGACAAGUAUCCACAAUCACGAAGCCUACCUGAGGAGCCACCUGCACCCGGGUACCUAACUUACCAUACUUGUCAACACAUCAUCCGGCAACCAUGGCAGACGGGAAAGGCGCCUUGGCAAAAUAUGUUCUCACGGAUGCUGAGAGUGAGACCAUCUUUGCCGAGCAGAUCAUGCCUGCUGAGCUCAGUCAUGCGCUGGACAGUGGCGAAUCUCCAGGCAGCGACUCCUCAUCCAAGGUCGCAGUCCUGCUCGUCGGCCAGACGGGUGCCGGCAAGACCCGCACAGCACCACUCCUACACCAGGCCAUGACCGCGCGGAACCCUUCACACCGGGGUCCCGCGCACCUAAUCGCCGACACGUACAAGACGUAUCACCCAGCGUACACAGACCUCAUGCGCCAGUCGCCCGCCCUCGCCUCGCCCGCGACGGGUCCAGACGCGCGCCGCUGGCUCGCCAUGGCCUGCAGCCGCGUCGCCGCCGCAGGGGCCGACUGCCUCGUCGAGUCGGCGUGCCGCCACCCAGCCGACUUCCAGGACCUGGUGCGCAUAUUCCAGGCCGCCGAGUACGCGGUGCACGUCGCUCUGCUCGCUGUGCCCGAGGCCCUGAGCCGCCUGGGGAUCCUGGUCCGCUUCCACCGCGUGCUGCCCGAGGCCCGGUCGCGGGGUCUGCCGCUGCGCUUGACUCCGAGGCCUGUUCACGAUGCCACGUAUGCGGGACUGCUCAUCGCCGCGACCUGGCUGGACCGCGAGGGUAGGGCGGCUGCCGAUCGGGUGGUGGUGCUCAGGAGGGGCGACUGGGUGGCGUACAAGCGUGAUGCUGGGGAUCAUGGAGACGAUCACGGUGUCGCUUCGGCUUUGUUGCUGGAAAGGCGACGGCCUCUCGGUGAACAAGAAAAGGCGCGGGCCAUAGAGGAUGUGAAAACGCUGGAGGAGCUCAGUUUGGGGCUUGGUCAGGAUCGGGAAAAAGAGAAGCAGGCAUUGGAAAUGGAGCUGCGGGAUAUCAAACAGCUGCUUCUCGGCUUGGAUCCUGACAGCAAUGCAACUCAGGCCGACACCCCUGAUUUUCCGGAGUUGUUGCCUUUGAACCAUGCCCGAUUUAUAAUAUCCAGAGGUAUCAACGGAUAACGGCAGACCGGCACAAACUUGACACUUUCAUCGUUUUGUCCACACGUGAUAUCACUGUGGUUGUGGGCAUCAGGGGCAGUGGUCUUAUUAGGAACAUCGCCUAAGUCAGCAUGACUUCUGAACAUCCUUCAGAGGAAAUCGAAGCUAUAGGUCAACUGUUGCUAAUAUCCAGCAGUGACCCAAAAAAAAGGCGAGUUUAUACGGGUUGUUGGACUAUUCGACGUUCUUGGCUGAAGGUAAGUUACGAAAUAGCGUGCUACACCUGGUACAAAUGUUUGACUAUUUAUAUACACGAGGAAAAUGACAAACUCAUCAACCAAGAAACCGGAGCCCCAAAGGUAGUCAAGUGCAGAAUGCUUCAAUAAGUUUCAGCAACAUAUCGAUAGGCUCAGACUAGACCUUGGCAGUUGACGACGAAUCAGUUGCGCCGUCAGGUGCACUGUCAUAGUCAAUCUGAAGUAAGCCCCUUUUGGCCAUACGUUCAGCCUCUGCCAUCUUGGCUUCCUCCUCCUUCUUGGCUUACUCAAAAGCCUCCCCAUAUUUCUUCAUUUUCUCCCUCUCCCUGCAGAGAUACUGGAGGACUCUUGCGCUAGGGGUGUAAGCCAGCGAGUCUUCAGGCUCCGCCUCCGGCUCUUUCUUCUGGCUUGACUCCUGCCCCGUCUGUUCCUUCUCUUUCUUCGUGUUAUCAUCACCUACCUUGGCCACAUCCACAUUUGUAGAGUGUGCUUGCUUGUCCUCCUGGAGCCGGCGCCGCUUUUGAAUUUGCGCACGGUACUCCUUUACCUUUUGCUGGUUCUCCUCAUCUCGCCUAUCUUUCCGCUGUCGCUGAAGCUGCCGAAAGUACCCUUGCCAUACCGAAAUUUUUUCUUCAUCUUUGUCUGUGCCGGGAGGUAGCUUCUUGGUUUCCUUACCCUUCCAUCACAACGGAAGCACCCAAUUCUCCACAUCAGCCAGCAUCAGGCCGUCACCCAGACGAUCUGCAACCAUCGGACUUGGCUCACCGUUGACGAGGAACUCGGCCGUCUGGACAAAAGCCUCGUACUCGUCCGGCAAGUACCUCAAAUCCGGAAUCGGCACGAAAACCUCUACCGCAUCGAGCUGCCGAGUCACGUCGUCGCUGCGCCAGCCGGCCGGCCACAGCCACACUGAAGUCACCUCGUCCACGCCGUAGUACCUACCGGCGCGGGCUGUGGCGAACUGGAUGCAAAAGACGCCCUGGCCCAGCCGCUCGCAGCAGGUGCAGACGAGGUCAGAUCCGGCGCUGCGGUUGUGGACAAAGGAGCAGGGGAGGUUCUUGCCCAUGCAGCGCAGGCAGGGGGGCAAGUCGUAGUUGCGCUCGCCCUCGGGCGCGGCCUCGGCCUCGGGCGUUGGGCGGGAAGAGGUGACGGCGCUCUUGCAACUGGCGGGUACAUCGCCACGCUUUUCGUCCUUGGCCGGCAACUUGGGCUUCUUGCGUGCCUCGCGACAUCGUGCCGCCUCGGCUAGGACCUCUCUGGACUGCUCCGCCGG